CUGAUGAAGCUAGAGAAUGGCUGUCACAUAGAGAAGAAUAAAGGUCUAGGACUUGCCAGUCAUGUCUUGGUGCUAAUGGUAAGAGGAUUAGCAUCUAGUUUACAAAUGAGCCUGGGCUACUUUCCCACUGAUGGUUGCAAGUCUGACAAUUUGUAUCCAAUAAUAUGGGAUACGAUCACCUGGUUGGAAGUCACAUGUAACCUAAAAGUAAUGGUGUCCACCAGUGAUGGAGCGUCAUGGAACCGGAAGUUCUACCGUAUGCAUAGAGUAAAAGGUGCUCCGCGGGAUAUGGUGGUGUUCAAGACUAGAAAUUUAUGGAGUGAUGAUGAAAGAUUCAUUUAUUUUGUGUCUGAUGUACCCCACUUAAUAAAGACUACCAGGAACUGCUGGGCCAAUUCUGAGGCACAUCGGAAAUCCAGAAGUCUAUGGAAUGGUAAUCCAAUAUUAUGGAGGCAUCUUUCAGAGUUGAUAAUGGAUGAUCGAACCAGGGACAUUCACUUGUUAAACAAGAUUGGAUAUGAGCAUAUCAAUUUAACAUCUUUUUCAUUAUGA